CUACCACCCCAACCAUUUGGAUACAUACAUACAUACAUAUUUGCAGUUUGGGCUCCUUUUUUUGGCCUUUUCCUUCUUAUUAAGCCUCAAAACCUAUUUCUUCAUUUUCUCUACCUUCAACCAAAAAAACCCUGAAACAGAUUAGAACAACAAAAAGAGAAAAGGAAAAAAGUUCAAAUUUUGAGGUGUUUUUUGAAGAUGGGUCUCUCAAAUUUUCCUCCUUCAGCUGAAGGAGUGUUGCUGUUACCAGUUUUAGUGAUGCACACUGUAAUGUCAAUGGCGUUUUUGAAGAAUUUUGUGAGAUCUGUCAUACAAAUGAUGAGUGCCAGUGGGAAUUCUUCGAGUUCUGAAGAAGAAUACGAUUGGGAAAAUGGAAGAGAAAGAAGGAUUUCAAUUACUCAGUUCAAAACUUUGGGGCAAAGCUUCAAUGGCGAAACAGAGGAGGAGUUUGUUUCGAGGUGUGUUAUGGCAGAGUGUUGUGUUUGUCUUUGUAGGUUUGAAGCUGAUGAAGAAGUUAGUGAGUUGUCUUGUAAGCAUUUUUUUCAUAAAGCUUGUCUUUCUAAGUGGUUUGAUAAUAAGCACUUUACUUGUCCUCUUUGUCGCUCUAUCGAAUAACGUUUUUCAACAAUUUUAGGGUUUUUUUCUUUUUAAUUUCUCUCUCUCUCUCUCUUCCUAUUUUAUUUUGAGUGAAAGAGGAUGAAGUUUUGUAACUGAUAAGUGAUAUAUAAUUAAAUUCACUAUACCCAUCGUAAGUUUUUGGGUACUGGUGAUUUAUGUUCAAA